AUGGGGAUUGGACCUACUCGGACCCUUUUUCCAAGCUCCUGGACAGGUCAAAUAAUUGAUUGUGGAGUGGAUUACUUCACUAAGUGGAUAGAAGCAGAGCCACUAGCCACUAUCGCAGCUCAAAGAAGUCGGAGGUUCCUGUACAAGAGUAUCAUUACCCGAUUUGGAGUCCCUCACUCCAUCAUUACAGAUAAUGGUACACAGUUCACCGACACUACGUUCAGAAAUCUAGUAGCUAGUAUGAAAAUCAAGUAUCAAUUCACAUUAGUCGAGCAUCCUCAAGUCAAUGGGCAAGCUGAAGCUGUCAAUAAAUUUAUAUUGGCAGGGUUAAAAAAGAGGUUGUAG